UCCGACUCCUAGAAGUAAAGCUAAAAAUGGUGAUAUUAAAAUGUUCUCACACCGAUGGAGUUUCUAAAAAUAGCCAGGCGUCGCAGAAUGAUGAGGAUUCAGCAGCGCAUCAGUAAUCCAGUUGAGGCAGCUGCUAGAUUGUCAUAAAAAUCACAUCUGAUCUACCUGACACAUCGGUCGCUCGCUCAAUGCGCUCAAGUUACUAUAGCAAUAAGAAACGUUCGCUCGCUACGUUUGGCUGAAGCUGACAGGAGUAUCUCCGCCCACUGCUCAAUGAGAUGCGAAUAUCUACAUCUGCUGCUACCAAAAGAGCAUUUUGUUCACAAACCCAACCCUCGUAAUUCAGGAUGUUUGGCUUUGUCACACGCCGGGGAGGACAAAAUGAAGACGGAGCGGAAUCUCAAAACAACAACAACACUGUGAUGAAUAUAUUAUAAUUUGCUACUUCAUUCUCCAACUCAUCGAAAAUGGGAUUUCUUCACCAGCUGCACCUUCUCCUGUGGAAAAACGUGACUUUAAAGCGGAGAGGACCGUGGGUUCUUGCAUUUGAGAUAUUCAUCCCACUGGUGCUCUUCUUCAUACUCCUGGGCUUGCGGCAGAAGAAGCCUGCCAUUCCUGUGAAAGAAGCCUUCUACAGCGCGGCCCCUCUCACCUCGGCGGGCAUCAUUCCCAUCAUGCAGUCUUUGUGUCCGGAUGGUCAGAGGGAUGAGUUUGGCUUCCUGCAAUAUAAAAACUCCACUGUGACUCAGUUGUUAGAAAGGAUCAGUGAAGUCGUGGAGCAGAACCACUUGUUUACGUCAGACAGACCCAGUCUGGGAGAGGAGCUGGAGUCUCUGCAGCAGCACCUUGAAAGUCUGAGCUCAGCACAAGUCCCUCUAGAGAGCCACUACAACACCAGCCAUGGUUUUACUGUGGGAAGUGUCCUCAGGAACCAGUCGAUGUUCCAGCAGUUCCUGAUCACAAACCUUUCCCUGCCAAAUGACACCGCCAGCCUGCUGCUCUCCUCCCCCAUCAACCUGAAAGAGGUGUAUAAUCUCAUCUUUGGGACGUAUCCUAAAGUGGGAUCAAAGGUAGGAGAAAAAGAUGAAGGGCAGCAUGAACCCCACAGUCCUGGAGAGAAGCUUGUACAGCUUGAGAAGCAGUUACUUGGAGGCUGGCGUAGUUUGGAGGGGGGUCUGAUUCAGAAGGCAUUGAGAGACCCAACCAAAGCUGCUCACCGUCAAGCUCUGCUCAAAGUCCUGUCCCAGGCACUCGGGAUUGCUGGAGGUGGAGGAGGCCAAAAAUUUGAUCCUCAAGCAUUGCGUGAGAUGGAGGGGAUUCUGUUGACUGGUGCAGUGCUGGAAACCCUCACUUGUGGGGAAGGAGGCAACAGUGAGAUAAGCAAAAUCCUAUUGGUCCCUGAGAAACAACAGGCAGUUUUAAAGGCCUAUCAAAUGACUGUUUGUGGUGGAAGGGCAGAACAGAGGGCGGAGCUGUUCGGGGAGUUGAGUGAAGAAUUGAGAGAUCAGAUUGAUACACAGAGAGUGUUUGAUCAGUUGCGUCUGGAGCAGUCCAACAUAUCCGGUCUUUUGGAUCAAUCCCAUCUCGGCGCUCUGCUGAAGAACCUGGCGGAUGUAGAACGGCUCUUGAGGGAUGUGGAUUUGCUGUCAGGUCUGGCCAGACUGCUCCCUAAAGGGGCCUGUGCAGGCCACCAGCCUCCUCCUAUAGCCAACACCACCUCCUGGAGCUCCAACACAACAACAUGGGGUCCCAACACAACAGACAGCCCUGUGGAGGAAGGAGAGGGAGCCGCAGGAAAUGAGGCAGAAACUGAAAACCCUAGAUCACAGUUUUCUGCCUUUGUUCAGCUGUGGGCAGGUCUUCAGCCCAUUCUGUGUGGAAAUAACAGGAUUAUUGAGCCAGAAGCUCUGAAGCAGGGCAAUAUGAGUUCCCUGGGCUUUACCAGCAAAGAACAAAGAAACUUGGGAUUACUUGUCCAUCUCAUGACUACAAAUCCCAAAAUCCUCUACUCUCCCAUUGGCUCAGAGGUGGACAAGGUCAUACAAAAGGCCAAUGAGACAUUUGCUUUUGUGGGGAACGUGACUCAUUAUGCCCGUGUGUGGCUCAACAUCUCAGCUGAAUUAAGGGCCUUCCUAGAGGAGGGUAAAUUGCACAAUCACCUGAUGUGGCUCCAGCAGUUCAUUGCAGACCUGAAGAAGCACCAUGCCCUGUUGAACGUCUCAGACAGUGAGCUGAUGAACAGUCUGCUGGAGGAGAACUUCACCCUGCCAAACACAACCACUCUACUGGAGCAGCUACACACCAUUGAUAAUGCUGCCUGUGGUUGGACAAACUUCAUGUCAAAGGUCAGUGUGGAUAUCUUCAGAGGCUUCCCUGAUGAAGAGAGCAUUGUCAAUUACACACUGAACCAGGCCUACCAGGACAAUGUCUCAGUCUUUGCAAGUGUGAUUUUCCAGACCAAUAAAGAUGGAUCUCUGCCACCCCAUGUUAUGUAUAAGAUUCGACAGAACUCCAGCUUCACAGAGAAAACAAAUGAAAUCCGUCGAGCUUAUUGGCGCCCUGGGCCGAACACAGGCGGCAAAUUUUACUUCCUUUAUGGCUUUGUGUGGAUCCAAGAUAUGAUUGAGCGGGCAAUCAUCAACACGUUUGUGGGCCAUGAUGUUGUUGAGCCUGGAAACUACGUGCAGAUGUUUCCCUAUCCAUGCUACACUAGAGACGAUUUUCUGUUUGUUAUCGAGCACAUGAUGCCUCUGUGUAUGGUCAUAUCCUGGGUCUACUCUGUGGCCAUGAUGAUCCAGCACAUUGUAGCAGAGAAGGAGCAAAGACUGAAAGAGGUGAUGAAGAUGAUGGGCUUGAAUAAUGCAGUGCACUGGGUGGCCUGGUUCAUCACAGGCUUCGUGCAGCUUUCGAUCUCAGUGACGGCCCUUACUGCCAUACUGAAAUACGGCAAAGUCCUCCUCCACAGCGAUCCCUUUAUCAUCUGGCUCUUCCUCACAGUCUACGCUGUCGCCACCAUCAUGUUCUGUUUCCUUGUGUCGGUGUUGUACUCCAAAGCCAAACUGGCUUCAGCAUGUGGAGGAAUCAUCUACUUUCUGAGUUAUGUGCCGUACAUGUAUGUGGCCAUAAGAGAAGAGGUGGCUCACGACAAAAUCACUGCCUUUGAGAAGUGCAUAGCGUCUUUAAUGUCUACCACAGCGUUUGGUCUGGGAUCUAAAUACUUUGCCCUGUAUGAAGUUGCUGGGGUUGGAAUCCAGUGGCGUACUAUCAACCAGUCACCUGUAGAGGGCGAUGACUUUAACCUUCUGCUGUCUAUGGUUAUGCUCACCAUUGAUGCCAUUGUAUAUGGUGUGUUGACCUGGUAUAUAGAAGCUGUGCAUCCAGGGAUGUACGGACUGCCCCGGCCAUGGUAUUUUCCCCUGCAGAAAUCCUAUUGGUUAGGAAGUGGCCGCAUAGAGACGUGGGAUUGGCCGUGGGGUGGCAGCACCAGGCUGAGCGUGAUGGAGGAGGACCAGGCUUGUGCUAUGGAACACAGACGCUCAGAGGAAACUCGUGGAAUUGAAGAAGAACCCAGUCACUUGCCGCUGGUGGUGUGCAUAGACAAACUAACUAAAGUCUACAAGACGGGCAGCAAACUGGCCCUAAACAAGCUGAGCCUAAACCUGCAUGAGAACCAAGUUGUCUCCUUCUUGGGACACAAUGGGGCUGGCAAGACCACCACUAUGUCCAUACUCACGGGAUUGUUUCCACCCACUUCUGGCUCUGCCACCAUAUACGGCCAUGACAUCCGCACAGAGAUGGAGCGCAUCAGGCAGAAUUUGGGCAUGUGUCCCCAGCACAAUGUUCUGUUCGACAAGCUCAGUGUGGAGGAACAUCUGUGGUUCUACUCGCGUCUGAAGGGCAUGGCCGAGGAAGAUAUCCGGAAGGAGAUGGACAAGAUGAUAGAGGAUCUCGAAUUGUCCAACAAACGUCACAGCCUGGUUCAGACUCUUUCUGGGGGGAUGAAGAGGAAGUUGUCGGUGGCAAUUGCAUUUGUAGGUGGGUCCCGGGCGGUGAUUUUGGAUGAACCCACGGCAGGAGUGGACCCGUAUGCCCGUCGAGCAAUCUGGGACCUCAUCCUUAAAUAUAAACAAGGUCGCACCAUCCUGCUCUCCACUCACCACAUGGAUGAGGCUGAUUUGCUUGGAGACCGUAUUGCCAUCAUCUCACAUGGUAAACUCAAGUGCUGCGGUUCCCCCCUGUUCCUCAAGAGCACAUAUGGAGACGGCUACAAACUUACACUUGUCAAGAAACAGAGUGACUCACACACUGCAGAUCAGUCAAUCCAGUCUCCCGCCUCUUCCAUAUCUCCAUGUUCAGAGAGCAGAGUGACACAGUUCAUCCGUCAGUACGUUGCCUCCUGUCUGCUGGUGUCCGACUCCAACACUGAGCUCUCUUAUGUCCUACCGUCUGAGGCUGUCAAGAAAGGCUGCUUCGAGAGGCUGUUUCAGGCUCUGGAGCAGAGUUUGGACAGCUUGGCCUUGACCAGCUUUGGUGUGAUGGACACCACACUGGAGGAGGUAUUUCUGAAGGUAUCAGAAGAAGAUCUUUCACUGGAGAACAGCGAUGCAGAUAUGAAUGACUCUCCCGGCGGAGCAUCAGCUGGGAAGCCCUCUAAUCUGUUAGGAGGGUCACAGUGCGAGGGGGCACCAGCUGCUGCUGUGAUCCGGCCAGAUGUGGAGCUCAGUAACCUGAUGAUGUGCUCCAGGCUGAGCCCAAGCCAAGCAUCCCUACAGUCCGGCUCUUCUCUUGGCUCAGUGAGAGGGGAUGAAGGGGGACUUUAUUCUGACUUCUACGGAGACUACUGCCCAUUAUUUGACAAUGGCCCGGAUCCUGACUCAGCCAGUCUCAGAGAUGAAGAGUCCUCUCCGGAGCCGACCAUACACGAGGGCCAGGGCAGCUUUAAGCUUGAGGGCUGGUGGCUGAAACUCCGGCAGUUUCACGGGCUGAUAGUGAAAAGGUUUCACUGCGCGAAGAGGAACACCAAGGGCAUUUUCUCACAGAUCCUGCUGCCUGCUUUCUUCGUCUGUGUGGCUAUGACUGUAGCUCUAUCUGUGCCUCAGAUUGGUGACCUUCCUCCGUUGAUUCUGUCUCCAUCUCAGUAUCACAACUACACACAGCCUCGUGGAAACUUCAUCCCUUAUGCCAAUGAAGACAGGCUUCAGUACAGGAGUAAACUCUCUACAGAUGCCAGUCCACAGAGGAUUGUUAACACCCUGCGUCUACCCUCUGGAGUUGGUGCGACGUGUGUACUGAAAACUCCCUUCAACAGCACUCUGGACCAACUGGCCCAAACCCUGAAUCCAUAUGCCAACAACUCCAAAACCCUGGCAGCCCGCUACUUUGACUCUAUGUGCCUGGAUUCCUUCACACAGGGUGUGCCUUUAUCAAAUUUUGUGCCCCCACCACCCUCUCCUGCCCCCUCAGAUGACCCAGAUGCGCAUUUUGAAGAUGGCCUUUGGAACUACACUGCCGCUCCUCCCACGACUGUCCGAGAGAUGGCAACAUCUCCCCCCACACUGCCCUUGACCAUCCGGGAGCCGGUACGUUGUAUCUGCUCCAUGCAGGGCACAGGCUUCUCCUGCCCCAGUGGAGUUGGGGGUCGACCGCCCCUUAUGAAGGUAGUAACCGGAGACAUCUUGGUGGACAUCACAGGUCGCAACGUGUCCGAAUAUCUCCUGUACACCUCUGAUCGUCUCAGAUUACACAGAUAUGGAGGCUUUACUGUAGGAAACAUUCAAAAAUCUGUCCCAGCAUCCUUUGGGAGAAAAACAUCACCUAUGGUGCGCAAAAUAGCAGUGAGGCGAUCCUCACAGGUGCUUUACAAUAACAAAGGGUAUCAUAGUAUGCCCACCUACCUAAAUGUCCUGAACAAUGCCAUCCUCAGAGCCAAUCUUCCCAGUAGUAAAGGAAACCCUGCUGCAUACGGCAUCACAGUGACCAGUCAUCCAAUGAACAGAACCAGUGCCAGUCUUUCUCUGGAUUAUCUGCUCCAGGGCACUGAUGUGGUUAUUGCCAUCUUCAUCAUUGUAGCCAUGUCCUUUGUGCCAGCAAGCUUCGUGGUCUUCCUGGUAGCAGAAAAAUCCACCAAGGCCAAACACCUACAGUUUGUCAGCGGAUGUGACCCUGUCACUUACUGGCUAGCGAACUACAUAUGGGACAUGCUGAACUACCUGGUUCCGGCAACGUGCUGUGUCCUAAUUCUGUUUGUGUUUGACCUUCCUGCGUACACGUCACCGACAAAUUUCCCAGCAGUGCUCUCUCUCUUCCUCCUUUACGGCUGGUCUAUAACCCCCAUUAUGUAUCCAGCCUCUUUCUGGUUUGAGGUGCCCAGCACAGCUUAUGUUUUCCUCAUAGUCAUCAAUCUCUUCAUUGGCAUCACAGCCACGGUGGCCACUUUCCUCCUACAACUGUUCGAGCGUGACAAGGAUCUAAAGUUGGUAAACAGCUAUCUGAAGUCCUGUUUUCUCAUCUUUCCCAACUAUAACCUGGGUCAUGGAUUGAUGGAGAUGGCCUAUAAUGAGUAUAUCAAUGAGUAUUACGCCAAGAUAGGCCAGUUUGAUAAGGUGAAGUCUCCAUUUGAAUGGGACAUUGUGACACGGGGACUGGUGGCAAUGACCAUUGAGGGUUUUGUUGGCUUUCUCAUUACAAUUCUGUGCCAGUACAACUUCCUCCGGAAAGCCCAGAGAGUGCCUGUCAACAGUCAGCCAGUUGAGGACGAUGAUGUUGAUGUGGCCUGUGAGAGACGCAGAGUGCUGAGGGGAGAUGCUGACAAUGACAUGCUGAAGAUCGACAACCUAACCAAGGUGUACAAGUCUCGCAAGAUGGGCCGGAUCCUGGCGGUGGACCGUUUGUGUCUGGGGGUCCGUCCUGGGGAGUGCUUUGGGCUGCUGGGAGUGAACGGGGCUGGAAAGACCACAACCUUCAAAAUGUUGACUGGAGAUGAGAGCACAACAGGGGGAGAGGCCUUUAUUCAGGGACACAGUAUCUUGCGGGAGCUUUUACGCGUGCAGCAGAGCAUCGGUUACUGCCCUCAGUUUGACGCUCUAUUUGAUGACCUGACUGCUCGAGAACAUCUGGAGCUGUACACACGCCUCCGCGGCAUCCCCUGGAAAGAUGAGGAACGGCUGGUUCAGUGGGCUCUGGAGAAGUUGGAGUUGUCCAAGUAUGCUGACAAACCUGCUGGCACCUACAGUGGAGGGAACAAACGCAAACUCUCCACAGCUAUUGCUCUGAUUGGAUAUCCCUCACUCAUCUUUCUGGUUAGAUCUCCCUAUCAUUCUUUUCUCUGA